AUGUCUGGAUUCCUGCGGACUCGGAAUACGGCUGCCACAACAGCCGGGCAUGACGAAUACGAAGUGCCCAUGGUGGCUACGGUGUGCAGCAUUAUACUCGCCGUGGUAUCCGUAACCCUGCUGUCUGCAUUCUUUGGGAUACGCUUUAUCCAGAUUAGAGAAUGGAGAAAACUUCCAUUGGUCGGAUGGGUCAUUUUUGCCAUCUAUAUCGACUCAUGGUUGUUUGUCGCCAUCUCCAGUGUCCUUCGAUGGGGCCCGGGGAUUAACAUGAAUUGGGACAUGUGUUCUGCAGCCAUCUUUUUGUGCUUGGCCUGUUAUCUAUCCACGAAACUCAUAUAUUUCUUCCUGGUUGAGAAAGCCUUUGUUGUAUGGGGCGACAGAAAAUCACGAAUGAAGUCCAAGCUUUAUUUGUUCAACUCCUUUGGAAUGCUAAGUGUAUUCGCCAUUAUUGGUAUCUUCAAUUUCAUAUACCGCAUCACCUAUCUCGACAAUGGAAAAUGCGUGAUUGGAAUGCAGAGACCAGUCUUGAUUCCUCUGGUGUCCUUUGACCUUGCUGUCAACAUCUACCUCACGAUUUUGUUCUUGAUCCCCUUGUGGAAAACAUACUCGUUUAAUAUGAAGAAGACGACCGGAAACGCCAAGCUCCGCGAUUUGGUCGUUCGAACAUUUAUUGGUGCCGUCACUUCGACCAUCACCUGUCUGCUAAACAUUGUCAUAAUGAUGGCACUAGAUGGCGAACCCGGAUGGAUGUGCCUCAUGAGCUGCAAUAUUGACCUCCUCUUUGACGCAAUCAUCGUCCAGUACGUCACCUCGCGGGACAACCGCGGCACCCAGACAACCAGGAGCUACGAAAAGAACAACAACCACACGGCCGUCACCGUUGAGCGCUCCGUAGCCAUCCAACACAGCAGGACCCGCAAGGGCGGUGGCAGCAGUGGUGGCGGCAUGCUCGGCAUGGGCAGCAGCAACAAGGGCCACGACAUUGUGGAGAUGGAAGAGGAGAUUGGCAUGUCGGACAUGGGCGUGGCGCCCGCGGGCAGCACUGCUGCGUACAGACUGUCGGAGAGGGAUUCCAAGGGAGACUAUGCCAGCGAGCGGAGCACGAGCUCGGUCAAUGACAUGGAGAUGGGGAAUAGCACCAAUGUGAUUGUCAUCACGAAGGACUCUUAUUGA